AUGGAAAAUAGGAAACUUUUUCAUAUACUAUUGAUCUCAUUUUCACUCACACUUGCAACUCCAUUUGCAUAUGGUUGGGGCUUUGAAGGCCAUACAGCCAUCUGCCGAAUCGCGCAGGCAAGGCUUACCAAACCAGCAUUAGCAGCAUUUCAAAAACUGCUACCAAUAAACGGCGAUUUUGGAGCGUUGUGCCCGUGGGCCGACACAGUGAAGUUUCGCUACCGGUGGUCAUCGUCACUACACUUCAUCAACACCCCUGAAAGCCUCUGCUCCUACUCAUAUGCCAGGGAUUGCAAAGAUAGAGUAGGAGUGAAUGAGAAUUGUUUGGAAGGAGCAAUCAACAAUUAUACUACACAACUAAACCUUAAGAAAAUGCCCCAAUAUAAUCUAACAGAGGCGUUGCUCUUCCUGUCACAUUUUAUAGGAGACAUUCAUCAGCCGUUACACACGGGAUUUGCCUCGGACAAAGGAGGUAACACCAUCAAUGUGCGAUGGUUCAACAGAGCCUCAGAGCUACAUCAUGUAUGGGAUACUGAUAUAAUAAAAAGUGCACAGGGAAAAGGAGCAUCUGCUACAACUCUAGAUGGAUUCAUCAACCAAAUUCAACAGAAAAUAAAUGGUCUAUGGGCAAAGCAAGUGAAUGAAUGGGAGGCUUGCAUGACAGAAACAUGUCCAAAUGUGUAUGCAACAGAGAGCAUCAAAGCAGCUUGUGAGUGGGCUUAUAAGGGAGUCCAAACUGGUUCAGUACUUGGAGAUGAAUACUUCAAGACGCGAUUGCCUAUUGUAGAAAUGCGAAUAGCUCAAGCAGGGGUUCGACUAGCAGCAACUCUAAAUCGCAUACUUGCACGCUAACUACUCUUCAAACACCAAAAAUGUACUAUUGUUUAAAAUAAUGUUAUGCCUGCUAAUUGGAAUAUUAUAAAUAAUUAAGAGGUCACUCUGAAAUUAUUUAUAAAAAGAUGCCAAUGUUGGACUCGACACAAAAUUAUAUAAUUCGAACAUUAAAAUAUG